CCUGGGGCUGCGCGGGGCGAUGGCGGCCGGCGGCGCGGGCGGAGGCGGCGGAGUCCCGGCAGGUCUGAGCCGUUCCCCUGCGCGCCGUGAGAUGAGCCCCCCAGGCCCGGAGCUCUAGUCAGCCAGCGCCAGGCCCCGACCAUGAAUAACAAGGAAACCACAGAGCUCUCCGAGAAGAGCCACCACCUGAAGCUUUUCCUGCCCAAGAAGCUGGUGGAGUGUCUGCCCAAAUGCCCUGCGCUGCCCAAGGAGCGGCUGCGCUGGAACACCAACGAGGAAAUCGCCUCCUAUCUCAUCACCUUCGAGCGGCACGAGGAGUGGCUGUCCUGCGCCCCCAAGACCCGCCCCCAGAACGGCUCCAUCAUCCUGUACAACCGGAAGAAGGUGAAGUACCGCAAGGACGGCUACUGCUGGAAGAAGCGCAAGGACGGGAAGACCACGCGCGAGGACCACAUGAAGCUGAAGGUGCAAGGGAUGGAGUGUCUCUACGGCUGCUACGUCCACUCGUCCAUCGUCCCCACAUUCCACCGCCGCUGCUACUGGCUGCUGCAGAACCCCGACAUCGUGCUGGUGCACUACCUGAACGUGCCGGCGCUGGAGGACUGCGCGAAGCUCUGCGGGCCCAUCCUCUGCUCCAUCAACAGCGACCGCAAGGAGUGGCUGAAGUGGUCGAAGGAGGAGCUGGUGACGCAGCUCAAACCCAUGUUUCACGGGAUAAAGUGGACCUGCAGCAACGGGAACGGGACCACGGAGUUCUCCAUCGAGCAGCUGGUGCAGCAGAUCCUGGAGAGCCACCAGGCCAAGCCCCCGCCCCGCACCCACGCCUGCCUCUGCAGCACCAGCCUGGGCAGCCCGGGGCACGUCCCGCACCGGUGCAGCAGCACCAAGCACCGCAUCAUCUCCCCGAAGGUGGAGGCCCGGCCCUCCCCUGCCCUCCCCGACCCGCCCCGCCUGGCCGAGCCCAAGCCGGAGCCGGCGCCGGCUAAACCCGACCGGAAGCAGCCCCCGGCGCCCGCCGAGCCCCCCUCCCCGGACGCCCCCCGGCCCUCGCCCGCCCCGGGGCUGCCCGGCAGCGCCGUCCUGGUGGUGGCCGGCCCGGAGAAGCCGCUGGCCCUCACGCCCAGCCAGCACCUGGUGGCGGGCAACCCGCCGGGCCUGGCCCUGCUGCCGGGCCCCGGGCUGCUCCUGUCGCAGACCCUGGAGACCGGCAUGGAGACCGGCAUGGAGGCCGGCUCCGGCGCCUUCGACCCCGACUGCUUCCUCAACAGCCCCGCCCGGGGCCAGACCUACGGCCGCCGGGCCCCGGAGCCGGCCCCCCCCGGCAACCGCUUCUUCAUCCAGGACGACGCGGGGGCGCCGGGGCGGGGGGGCGGCCGGGCCCCCGCCGGGGAGACGCCCAUGGAGACGGGGGGGCCCCGGCCGGGCGGCGGAGCCGGGGAGCACCUGCCGGACGAGCUCUACUCCAUCAUCCCCACGGGGGCGGGAGUGGGGCCGGAGCUGCCCUUCGGCCUCUCCCUGGACUGCCUCAUCUCCGAGCUCAUGACGGAGGGGGCCGGGGCCGGGGAGGGGAGCAGCCCCCCGCGCCCGGCCCUGCCCGACGCCCCCGGCGAGGCCGCCCCCCCGGAGGGCUUGGCGGCGCCGGAGCCGCUGGUCACCAUCACCGACUUCUCGCCGGACUGGUCCUACCCCGAGGGCGGCGUCAAGGUGCUGAUCACGGGGCCGUGGACGGAGGAGACGGAUUCCUACACCUGCCUCUUCGACCGGCUGCCCGUGCCGGCCGCGCUGAUCCAGUCGGGGGUCCUGCGCUGCUACUGCCCCGCCCACGAGGCCGGGCUGGUGGCCCUGCAGGUGGCCCGGGACGCCCGGCUCGUCUCCACCUCGGUGCUGUUCGAGUACCGGGGCCGCGGGUUCCUGGGGCUGCCCAGCCCCCAGCUGGACUGGCUCUCCCUGGACGAUAACCAGUUCAGGAUGUCGAUCCUGGAGCGCCUGGAGCAGAUGGAGAAGCGAAUGGCAGAGAUGACGGCGUCCUCCCAGCAGCAGCGGGGGGCCGCGGGGGAGACCCCCCACACACAGGCCGCCGCGGACUCCUUCGAGGAGCGGAUCGUGGCGCUGUGCGAGAAGAUGAUGUCUCGCUCCUCCUGGCUCCACUCCGACACCCUGGUCCAUGACAUCAGCUUCCGGGGCAUGACCCUGCUGCACCUGGCAGCCGCCCAGGGCUAUGCCCGGCUCAUCGAGACGCUCAUCAAGUGGCGGAACCUCAGUGCCGAGAGCCUCGAUCUGGAGCAGGAAGUGGAUCCCCUGAACGUCGACCACUUUUCCUGCACCCCCUUGAUGUGGGCCUGCGCCCUGGGCCACCUGGAGGCGGCCCUGCUGCUGUACCGCUGGGACGGCCGGGCCCUCUCCAUCCCGGACUCGCUGGGCCGGCUGCCCCUGGCCGUGGCCUGCGCCCGUGGCCACGUGGCCCUCGCCGCCCGCCUGGAGGAGCUGCAGCGCCAGGAGCCGAGCCCGGACAAGGGCUGGGGGCCGCCCCGCCCGGCCGAGGGGCCGCGCAUCCCCUCCCCGCUCUCCGCCAGCCCCGACACAGGGCUCAGCACGGUGAGCAGCGUCUCCUCGCCCUCGGAGCUCUCGGACGGCUCCGGCUCCGUCACCUCGGCCUACUCCAGCGCCUCGGCCCUGCGCGACUCGCCUGCCGGCAGCCCCGAGCCCGAGGCCGCCAUGGACUUCGGCCCGCCCCCCGAGGGCUGGUACCUGCGGGACCCCCCCAGCCCGCGCUGCUCCCCCCGCUUCUUCAUGGACUACCAGGGGGCCCCCGGGCGGGAGCUGCUGGCGUACGGGGAGAACGCGGAGAACGAGGGCUACCUGCCGGCCACCGACGUGCUCCAGGUGGACAUGAUCACGCUGGCGAAGCAGAUCAUCGAAGCGACGCCCGAGCACAUCAAGCAGGAGGGUUUCAGCUCCGCGGCCGAGGUGCCGCUGCGGGAGCGAAGCGGGAACAUGGGGCUGAGCGAGACCAUGUCCUGGCUGGCCAGUUACCUGGAGAACGUGGACCAGCUGCCCAGCGUCUCCCAGCACAGGCCCGUGUCCUCGUCCCGGGUGUGUCUCAGCGCCCUGCAGGCCCCGCUGGGGGAGCUGCCCUUCGACCGGCUGCCCCCGCCCCCCACCGCCGCCAGCUGGGCCGAGUUCCUCAACGCCUCGGCCAACGGGAAGAUGGAGAGCGAGUUCGCGCUGCUGACGCUGUCGGACCAUGAGCAGCGGGAGCUCUACGAGGCCGCCCGCGUCAUCCAGACGGCCUUCCGCAAGUACAAGGGCCGCCGGCUGAAGGAGCAGCAGGAGACGGCGGCGGCUGUGAUCCAGCGAUGUUACCGCAAGUAUAAGCAGCUCACGUGGAUCGCCCUGAAGUACGCCCUGUAUAAGAAGAUGACGCAGGCGGCCAUUCUGAUCCAGAGCAAGUUUCGCAGCUACUACGAGCAGAAGAAGUUCCAGCAGAGCCGCCGGGCGGCGGUGCUGAUCCAGCAGUACUACCGCAGCUACAAGGAGUACGAGAAGCUGAAACAGGGGCACCGGGCCUCCGCCGCCAUGCAGCAGAAGAUGAAGGGCACUUUCCUCACGAAGAAGCAGGACCAGGCCGCCCGUAAGAUCAUGCGGUUCCUGCGUCGCUGCCGGCACAGGAUGAAGGAACUAAAGCAGAGCAAAGAGGUGGAAAGUUUACAGAAGCGAGGUCUGGCCACUUAGCGCUGUGCCCCUCUGCCCCGCCCCCCGCUGCGCCCCCCACUCCCUUUCCGCGGCCCGCCAAAGCCCGGGGCAGCCACGCCGGGAACCCAGGCAUCCGGGGCCGGCCGCCCCCACCUUCGCUCCCCUUCUGAAACUGUGACGACGGAGUCUUAACCCCCGGUGGCGACGGAGCGUGGCCUCCUCUGGGGGGGUGUCCGGGCCCCCCCCCGUCUUAACGAUUGUGCAAUAGUGAGCGGCUGGAGGGGAGCGGAUGGGGGCCACACACACACCAAGGGGGCUCCCCUGAGUUGGCUUGAAGGGGAUGGUGCAGCCAUGCCGGGUGGGGGGGGUCUCUUCAGAACUGAGGUACCAGCUGUGGUACCCCCGUAGCCCUCCCCUGCCCCCUUCCUUUCACUGGAUCUUUGUGCCAAGUUACCCCUGCCCAGGUGGGGAGCCAGGACUCCUGGGUUCUCUCCCCGGCUCUGGGAGGGGAGUGGGGGCUGGUGGGUCAGAGCAGGGGGGGCCGGGAGCCAGGACUCCUGGGUUCU